AUGAGCGGCAGCGCGGAGGCCGACCCGGCGGCUCCGGCCGCCCCCGCGCCGCCCGCGCCCGCCGACAGCAAAGCGAGCCCCGGCGGCGGCGGCGGCGGCCCCGGGGCGGCCCCGGGCGCGGUGGGCGCCCCCGUGUCGGCGGCGGUGGCCGCGGCCCCCCCGGAGGGGACCAUGUCCAACGGGGUCUACGUGCCGCCCGGCGUGGCCAACGGGGAUGUGAAGCCGGUGGUGUCCACCACGCCGCUGGUGGACUUCCUCAUGCAGCUGGAGGAUUACACACCGACGAUCCCAGACGCCGUUACAGGGUAUUACCUCAACCGGGCAGGAUUCGAGGCCUCGGACCCGCGCAUCCCCGCUCCCGUCUCGCCCGGCAGCAUCCGCCUCAUCUCUCUGGCUGCGCAGAAGUUCAUCUCGGACAUCGCCAAUGACGCGCUACAGCACUGCAAGAUGAAAGGCACGGCCUCGGGCAGCUCUCGCAGCAAGAGCAAGGACAAGAAGUACACACUGACCAUGGAAGACCUGACACCAGCGCUUGCAGAGUACGGCAUCAACGUGAAAAAGCCACAUUACUUCACGUGA